AUGUCGGCGGACUACGUUUUACCCGCCGCGAAUCGUUCACCGGACUUUGUGAAUCCGACUUUCGUCUCAACAGCAGGACCAUGGUUCGACUACGUCGUAAACCAAUACUCGGGGAACCCACCGUCGUAUAUUACUGAGAAAGGAGAACGGUACACUUCCGUACUACGGCACUCAUGGAUGUUCGACUGUAAGCAGACCGUAAACAGGGCUCUUCGCGAAAUCGUCGAUCGUGUAUUGGAACAAGUACGAAACGUGGAUGCUGUGUAUCCCGAUCGUGUACAGAUAUUCGAACCAACUCCACGUCUAGUCGAACCGGCUCCUCCCAGCUCAACAUCGUCGACGAAUAGUACCACACAGAAGUCUAGUCGUGAACGACGAUAUGAAGCUGCUCCUCCUACCUUCCAGUAUUGCAUGAGCGUGAGUGCAGCGUUCUCGAUGACUUAUCAGCAGCCGACAUAUGGACGGGAUCCCAGCGACUGUGAGAUGCCAGAUGCUCUGCUGGUCUGCCAGGAAAUGCAGGUAGCUAUCGAAACACAGCGAUUCGGUUUCGAACCUGUGGGAUCAUGUCCUGAAACAUUGCUCCGGCUGAAUAAUAGCGUGUCGAAGGAACUGUUCUUGCCGUGCACCGAAGAGGGUCAUUUUGUUCCACGCCGCCGUAUUAUGUACGGUACGGUAUACGGAGAGAGACUCACGCUGUACUUUUACAAUUUCAUGCCAUCGUUAUCAGCAUCAUUGAUGAAUAUGGUGGCCAGGUGA